AUGCCUAGCGCAACGGGCUCAAGCUGGGAGAAAUACCAGAAGAAUUUCGCCGACGAUGAAGAACCGGAGAAGAAGAUCACUCCCUUAACAGACGAGGAUAUACAAGUCCUCAAGACUUACGGAGCAGCCCCAUAUGCCGCAGCCCUCAAGCGAUUAGAAAAGCAAAUCAAGGAGAAGCAACAGAGUGUCAAUGAGAAAAUUGGCGUCAAGGAAUCAGAUACUGGUCUUGCACUCCCGCAUCUCUGGGAUGUUGCCGCCGACCGUCAACGAAUGUCCGAAGAACAGCCUCUGCAAGUCGCUCGAUGUACAAAGAUCAUACAAGAUGAGAAGGAUAGCGAGAAAAGCAAAUACGUUAUCAACGUCAAGCAAAUCGCCAAGUUUGUCGUGAACUUGGGAGAACGAGUCAGUCCUACAGAUAUCGAGGAGGGCAUGCGUGUCGGGGUUGAUCGACAGAAAUACUCCAUUAUGCUACCAUUGCCGCCCAAGAUUGACCCCAGUGUGACGAUGAUGACUGUGGAGGACAAACCUGAUGUGACUUACGGGGACGUCGGCGGUUGCAAAGAACAAAUUGAGAAACUCCGAGAAGUAGUUGAGAUGCCGCUCCUUUCGCCAGAGCGAUUCGUGAGUCUCGGCAUUGACCCUCCCAAAGGUGCUCUACUGUAUGGUCCUCCCGGUACUGGAAAGACACUUUGCGCGCGCGCCGUUGCGAAUCGCACUGACGCAACAUUCAUCCGAGUCAUCGGGUCGGAAUUGGUACAGAAAUAUGUUGGCGAGGGUGCAAGAAUGGUUCGUGAAUUGUUUGAAAUGGCAAGGACCAAGAAAGCCUGCAUCAUCUUCUUCGACGAAAUCGAUGCUAUUGGCGGUGCCCGAUUCGACGAUGGUGCUGGGGGUGACAAUGAAGUCCAAAGAACUAUGUUGGAACUUAUCACACAACUCGACGGCUUUGACUCAAGAGGUAACAUCAAAGUCAUGUUCGCCACCAAUCGACCUUCUAUUCUCGAUCCAGCGCUCAUGAGGCCUGGUCGUAUCGACCGCAAAAUUGAAUUCUCAUUGCCAGAUCUGGACGGACGAGCUAACAUAUUAAGAAUCCAUGCUAAAUCCAUGUCAGUGGAACGUGACAUCAGAUGGGAAUUAAUAUCGAGACUAUGCCCGAACGCCACAGGAGCCGAAUUGAGAAGCGUGGCGACAGAGGCGGGUAUGUUUGCAAUCCGAGCACGAAGAAAGGUCGCCACAGAAAAAGAUUUCCUGGCAGCGGUGGACAAAGUCAUCAAGGGCAAUCUGAAGUUCAACUCGACUGCAACCUACAUGCAGUACAACUAG